AUGCUCACUAUAAGGUGCAACGAGGGGGAUUUAGAGAUCUGGAAGAGAGUUUGCAGAAAAUGGCCCAGAUAUUGCUUUCUGCCAGACCCCGCUCAAGGAUAUGCGAUAAUAUUUGUUAACCCAUUCACUUCAGACUUGUCAUCUUUGCUAGGGCAUUUUAUGCCCUACAGUACAAAUGAGCCCUUGUUCAAGCCGUAUGAGAAUGUCUGGAAUAGAAGUCGUCGGCCUGUUUUUGAGGCUAUACCCCUCGUCGUACGAGCACUUCAAAGGCACUCUCAGCGCGUAGGGUCUAUGAAGCGUUUCUUCAAGCACAAGCGAAAGGUCAAGAUAUCGAUCAGCAACAAAGGAGACAUGGGAGACACAUAUUCCAGCUACCUAAAUAGAGUGGCGGAUAUGGAUAUGGAUAUGGUAGUGGAAGGGCUCAAAGGCCGUCUUAAGAUUGAUUCUUUGAGCGAGGAAUUCAAAGUUAGCCUGUGUCAAGAGGACUACGACGAGUUGUUGAAUAUAAUUACAAGGAAAGCUAUUCUCGGGGCCAGCCUCCUAAAGCUUUCGACUGAAAUCUGUCCGCUAUCUCAACACGCACGGAAGAAACACUUUGAUCUGGAUUCGGCUGUCAGUGUCCUGAUUUUCAUGACAUUUAGCACGAACAUGGGUGUUUGCGCUAAUGAAAAACGGAAUUUGGUGUUGUUUUCGAAUACAGUAGCCACAGUGAUAUCGAUAAUCCGAAUGGAAGUUGAAACUGGAAAACCUUUGGUCGGCCCGGAACCAAUUAAACUAAGAAAGGUAGCAAGAUUUAUCCUACAGUAUACCGAGACAGCACGUUCGGAAGAGGUCGCCUCUGCAUUGACUUUGACCACCACCUUAGACAUACUCCCAUUCCAGGUCUUUGUAAACCUGUGGAAAUGUUCUGGCCUCUGGAGUUUAAGAGGUUACUUCGGGGCUAUUUAUCAGAUAGAUGCAAUCGAUAAAGGCAUAUCACCAUUACAGCUAAAUUGGGUACGAACAAGCCGCAGCAGGGUAUUGAUUUGUGUGUGUUUUGGCAGCUCCUCUUUCACAGCAGCCAUUGUAUGUAAGGACGGGGCUCUGUACCACUGCGCCAAUACAACCAAAAAGGCCGCUUUCGGGCUUACGGUGCAUUAUCCUUUGCUCGAGUGCCGUGGGAAGGUACCGCUUCUUAGGAUAUCAGACAAGAAAUCCCUCGUAGCGGUGACUGCCUCCAAUCUUCUUCGGUUUUCAAGAACCCUUUCGUUGGGUUCAGGUUGGAAGUUUAAAGGACAUGAGCCUCCUGCAUUCAAACAAUUUCGCCUUCGGGGUCAGCAUUCUUUCAUCGAGCUCUGCUUUGGGGAUCUCGUUGAGCAGCUCCGUAUUCUGUCUGAUCUGAAUGCUAACGGCCUUAAGCAUAUUACUACUAGCUUCCAGAAUGCUGACAGAUUGAUCGAGUAUACGCGGUUUGUCGUUAUAUCCGUCGGGAGCAUGGAAGAUGCUGGUUUUAGACGCGUGGUUUACGAGGGAUUUGAAAGUGGUGAUGAAGUUGAAAUGAAGGAAAAAAAGACCGACUCCUGUGGUGGAUGUUGUUCCCAUGACUUUCUAAAUUGGAUUUACGAUUCCAGAAUCUCAGGACCUUGCUUCUUCACACCUUUCCCAAUCAGGAAGGUGGCGGAAGUCAUUACCUGGGCAUUCCAACGUUCUGUCGCUCUGCGCUUUAUUAAUGAAAAUCGACAAGCAGAUAAGAAAUGGUUUACUCAAUCUAAACCCAGUGCUCCUAUCUCUACCGCGGAUACAGCGGCGACAUAUCGAAACCUUUCCAGACAGACCGAAAAGGAAUGCAGAGGUAUCAAUCGCCUGCAGCCCGCCGCCCCUAAUCGACCAACAUUUCGAACGGCCGCAGAAACAAACUUGCUAGCUCUGGAUACAUAA